AUGUCAACCACCAUGGAUCGCCGCAACCUGCUGAAGAAGGGUUUGCUAAUGGCCGGCGGAUUAUCUAUUGGCCCCGCAUUGCUGAACAAGUUGUCUGCAAGGCCCGCCAACACCUGUUACGCCAGUGAUUAUGUUUCAGAUCUAUCCGCUAUUAUUGGUGCACCAGUAGAGCUGAAAGCGCGUUUGUUUGCCAAUGAAAAUCCUUUUGGCCCUUCGCCAAAAGCCAAACAGGCUAUACAGGAUGCCAUGGCGCAGAGCUACCAGUAUCCUUUUAUGUUUGCCAAAGACCUGGUACAAAAGAUUGCCGAUACAGAAGGCUUAACACCUGAGCACCUGAUUAUGGGCGCGGGCUCUUCAGAAUUGCUGUUGGCCGCAGCCAUCUUAUUCAGCCAGAAACCAGGCAGUAAUAUUAUCAGCGGCGACCCCAGCUACGAAGAUUUGCCCAGCAAGGCGGUACUGUUGAAUACCACCUGGAAAAAGGUGCCCCUCACGGCCGACUAUAAACUUGACCUGGAUGCGAUGGAGAAAGCGGUUGACGGCAAUACCAGUAUGGUCUAUGUUUGCAACCCGAAUAACCCCACCGCUACAGUGCUUGAUAUUGAAAAACUGAAAGCUUUUUGCGACAGGGUUUCUGCGCGUGUACCGGUUUUUGUAGACGAAGCCUAUAUCGACUACCUGGAUGAUCCAAAAGCCAAUACAAUGAUGGGAGCCAUUAAAAACGGCAAGAAUAUUAUUGUUGCCCGCACUUUUUCCAAACUACAUGGUUUUGCCGGCCUAAGGGUAGGGUAUGCUUUUGCGCAGCCCGCUAUGAUACAAAAAUUGACAUUGUACACAACCGAUUUUAUGGCCAUUACCGCCACGUCUUUGCACGCUGCUAUGGCCAGCUACCAGGAUACCGAUUUUCUGAAAGAGACACUGCAAAAAACAAAUGUUUCCAAAAACUAUCUCUACAGUGUGCUGAAAAAAGAAGGCUAUGAGUAUAUCCCUUCCUUUGCCAAUUUUGUGCUGUUCCCGCUGAAAAUGGACAGCAAAAAAUUUGUGGAAGAAAUGGGCAAGCGCGGCGUAGGCGUUCGCUUCUGGCAGUUCAAUAACAAAGAAUGGUGCCGCGUAAGCAUUGGCAGAAUGGAUGAAAUGGAAGCGUUUGCAGCAGCCUUCAAAGAAAUCUCUUAG